UACAUGCGUUCUCGCAAGCCCGAUGAACUAUAUGUUCAAUAAUCAUUUGCAUGUGAAUAACAAUUCAUCACUCACUAGCACUGCAGUACAAUAAAUCAACGAACUGAAUGCAUAUUUUAGUUCAAAUGUCACAAAUUUCUGGGAGGCAUAGGCUAAGUCUAAGAGGUGACCUACAAGCAUCGUGUUAGCUGAAGCGGUGAAGCUCAUCAGAUAACUUGAUUCAAGAAGGAUACUCAGUCAUACUUAGCCAAAAUAAUAUGCAAGAACUUGAAGAAUGUAGCAUCUUCACUGGCCCCACCUAAACACCAACUAUGUUCAGUAAGAAGAAGAAGAAAGCAGCAGCACUGCCCCCCAGUGAUGCAUUGCCCCCCACCGGUACCCCGCCCCUGAACAAUGCCGCCUCGCCGAACACCAAGAAAUCUGCCAAAAAGGACAAGAAGAAGAAGAAGAAGAAUGAAUCGAUCAAUUCUGCCGACAGCCCGUCCGUCACGCCAAAGAAGAGAGGCUUCAGAUUCGGGAAGAAAAACAAAGCGCCUACGACUCCGUACAACGACACGUUGAGUGUUGCCAAUGAUUCCAUCGGCGACAGCAGCUCGCUGUACCAGUCCGGAAGCAAUGCAGAUCUGAACUCGACAAGGCACAGCAAUGCAGCGUCAUAUUCCUCGAAUCAAAGCCCCCAGCACGGAGACUUCAGAAGUCCAGGUUUUGGAUCACCAACGAGCCCUUCAGACAGCGUGACGACAGGCAGUGCUUCGGGGUCUUACCAGGAGAAUCAGAGCUACGUCAGUCACGGUUACCAAGACAGGGACUUGGAGUUUUGGGACGAGGCGGACGUGUUGCAGUGGCUUGGGGAUCAGGGACUGGACUAUUUUGUGGAACUCUUUGAUGGCUGUGAAAUUGAUGGGGAGUAUCUACUGGAAGUUGCAGAGGAGGAUUUGAUUGACCUGGACGUGGAUGAUGCAGCUCUCAGAAAGAACUUCCUAGAUGCUGUCCAAGGCGCCCGUAUGAAACAGGCAAACAGCAAUUUUCCCACCCUGGACCAGCAGCUGUCAGCUCUGGGUCAAACCGCUGACAAACCAAGCCAGGACGUAGCCAAGAAACUCACCAACAACAUAUCAGAGGCAUCCACCGUGGCUGUGUCCGAUGUCAAAGAUUCUCCAAGAAAUAUGAGCCCACCGCCCAAACUGGUGCUUAGAAAACCUUCCCCUGCAACUGAUUCUGAGUCAGACUUCGAUUUUGAUUCCGAUGAUGAGGGUGACCCUCUGGACGAUCUUCCUGACAACAGUAACAAAAAGAGAGUCUCGGACGAUAAUGAUUCUUCCCCAAGAAGCCCAAUUAACAAAUCAGCAGCACCAAGAGGCAGCAUCAAACAAACCAAAACUCCCAAAAGCGUGGUUGACGAGACUGACAGUCCAAGAAGUCCCAUCAACAAGGUUGGUGGUCUUGGAAGCCCUACCAACAAGCCUUCGGGUGGGUCAACAUCUCUGAAUUCUCAAGAAGAACAUCCUCAGAAGUCAUCAACUCCGGCCAGCACAACCGCAGUUUCCGAGACCCCAACAAGCCCUACCAGGACUGCACCUCCAAAGAGCCGAAGCAGCAACCUUCAGAGUCCCCGGAGUCGAUCAGAUAGCAUCGUGACGAGUUGGUCCGAGAGAGAUGUGCUCACUUGGUUACAGGAAGCCCAGCUGAACCACCUCAAGAAGCACUUCAUUGAACACAAAGUAACAGGAACACAGCUACUCAACAUUGACAUGCAACUCCUAGAUUCUAUGGGAAUCACUUCAGAUGAUGACAGGGAACUUCUGCUGGCCAAGCUCUACGAGCUGAGCAACCCUGCCGCUAACAUGCCUGAAAAAGACCUGAUCAGUGCUUUGAACAACACCAGCGGCUAUGAGCACAGGAAGUACAUGGCCGCUAUGAAAGUCCUGCAGUCGUCGGACAGCGAAGAAGUCCAGAUUCUGCCGCCCGAAACGUUGGUGGUGCCGGACUCGUUCAGCAGCGCGAGCCACAGUGCGAGCCGUAGCGCGAGCCGUAGUGCAAGCACGGCCAGUGACCAGGGGAAGGGAGAGGAGAAAAAGAAAAAAGGAGGGUUGUCCAAGUUGAAGGGUGUCAUCUCGCCCAAGAGAAGGGAAUCUCGGGACUACAACUUGGUCCAGGUCUGGACGGAUAUCAUGAGAUCAGGUGUUACGACAGUGUCGAUGCGGCUGACAGAUUUUGAGAACGUCCAGGACUUGAUCAGGCUGUGCCUGGACCAGCUAGGCCUGGUGGAGGACUGGAGGCUGUAUUGCAUCCUGGAUGCUGCUGGAUCCUUAGCUGAUCGCAAAGACAAAGGAUUUGAGAGAGUGAUGGAGGAUGGGGAGUGUCCUGUCAUCAUUCAGCAGGACUGGCCGGAGAAAACACCGCGACACUUUGAGCUGCGGCAGAAGCCGGCCCAAGGGGGCUCAGUUAAGGUGGUGUUGCGUCUCAACGAUGAGAAGCCCAAGGGCAAGCUGCUGGCCAUCUCCCUGUCCACACCGGCCAAGGAGGUGGUGCCUCUAGGCCUGAAGAUAUUUGGUCUCACGGAUGCUGACCCUAAGAAAUACUGCUUACUGGAGGUGGAUAAGGCAGGAGAUCUGCACAAUGUAGAUGCAGACUCCAUCCCGUUGCAGUUGGACUCCCACGCCUUCGUGCUGUGUGAAGUUGCAAGCAAAGAUAGUCAGCUGGCCCUGUAUGAAGACAAGGACGGAACCGAAGAGGAACUGAAGAUACAGCGAAACGACUCGCAGACUUCCAAAGCCUCCUCCAAAGUCUCCUUCUCAGGGCUCAGUCUAGGGUCGUCGGCAGGUUCGGACGACCUGCUGGCCUGGUUGCGCAUAGACGACAAAAAACUCAGCAAACUGGAGCAAGAGAUGGCAACGAUUGAGGAAUCUCUGGGCCAAUCACAGGCAGGCACCAAAGAUGCAAACAGAUCGAGCACGCAGGAGAAUAGCUCUUCCAAAGUACUGUCUUCUCCACAAGCAGCUGACAAGAAAUCUGAGAUAGACACAAAAGAACAAGAUGCCAUUAUAGAUGCACUCCGCCAAGAGAACAAAACCUUGCAGGAAAAAGCCAAACAGCUUUCAGUUGUGCAGAAGGCCCUGAGUCAACUCGAUCAGACCUACAAGCGAAACGAGACUGAUUCCAAACUACGUGUGAAGGAAAAGAGAGCGUCUCUAACCGCUGAAUCAGCAGAGUCUUUGCCGAAGGCCGUCGUCGACAUUCAGAGCCAACUCCAUCAAGUGGGAGAAGAGAUGAACACCAAGAAACUCAACAUCCUCAAAAUACAGCAGCAACAGAAGCAGAUACAGGCUAGGGGUCUGGAGGGCCUUGAUGGCAGCAUUCAGCAGGCCGAGCUGGAAUACCGCGUGGCUCUUGAGGAGUCCUCCAUGCUGACAUUACAACAGCAGCAAGCACAGCUACUAGCCACGCUGGAACUCACACUGACUGAUCAUCAGGUCAAUGUGGAAAAGAGAAAGGCAGGCGAGCAGUCUCAACCGCUCUUCCAAAGUCUGCAACCCGGACAGGACUACUCCCUCUUCACUGUCCACCAAUCACGAGGCAAGAGGAGUUGGGACUUUACACUGACAGCCAAUCAGAGCGGCCGGGGAGCGGUGGUGCAGAGAUGCUCAGAGAACAGUCAGAUGAGAGUGGGAGACAGGUUAUUGGAAUUGAACGGGGAGAACAUCGCCAGCACACCGAUAUCCGAAAUCAACCACAGUUUAGGCAGCAAGUCGCAGGCUCGGCUAGUGUUAUUAAGAGAAUCGGAUGAAGCAGACAGGGUACCAGACCUGGAGGAGCUGGAAAGACUGCAUGAGCAUCUUGAAGCAGUGGAAAGAGACAACGACAGACUGAGGGAAGACAGUAAAAGGGCAAAAGGGUUUGAAUCUCAGGCAAGGCAAGCAACUCAAUUACAAAUCAUGGUGCAGCAACUUCAGGCACAGCUCUCCAAUUCAGAACUACGGGCUGAGAAGUUGGAACAGCAACUUGUCGACAAGGACAACGAGCAGCUCUUGAGACAGAUACAGGACGAUAAACACAAACUACAGAUGGAGGUGAUCAGAUUGCAGGAAAACAUUUGCAAACUGGAGGACACACUGGAUGAAAAGACGAACGAGUUGUCACAGGUCUGCCAGGAGAGGGACGGUGUCAUCGAGGAGCUGAUGAACAAGACAGAUGAGAACCAGACGUCUUCGUCUCAUCAUCUCAUCAGCGAGGCUCUAGAGGAAGGCUUGCCGCUCUGGGAGGCACUCAAGUCUGCCUCCAAGUCAGAGAUACUGGAGGUCCUCCGUGAUGAGUUAGAGGAAGCCGGUCGUCAGAAGGAGUACCUAGACCAGCUGUACACCCUGAUGCUGGAGAGAGCUCCUAGCUUACUAGCAGACCUUGAAGAGAACUUUGAUGCAAGUGAGUUGUCAGACAAUGAAGAGUUCUGCUAGUACGCAGCCACAGUGCAAUGCCCAAAUGAGACGUCUGUAUUCUACAACAAAUUCUGCCAAGUGAGAACAAAAGUUCAUACAAAUACUUUCAUCGACCAUUUAUAAAUAUAUCAUUCCAAAUACAAGUAAAUAUUAGGUGGUUGGGCAAUACUCUAUUUUCUUAUUUAGUAAAUGAAUUAAUGUGUUAAAUAAGGGAAUAAAUGUGUGCUUUGCCUUCGGCUUGUUUAAUAAACGGACUUGUUUAGUACCGGCCAAAGCACAUUUUAUUCCAAUUCAUAAAUACCUGUUCGGUCAUAGAGUCAAAACAAGCCAAAAAUUGUAAAUUUUCAACGAUUCUGUUCAACAAAUUUACUUCAUGUUUUUUGGAACACCCCUCUAGCUAUGUUAUGGUUUGCCCAUUUCAUGAGUAGUCUUAAACAACUCCUGUUGGAACUAGGGAUUCUGUGUUUACAGGGUUAAUGCAGAAUUUUUCUGCUGGCGCGGUUAGCACAAAAUGGUGAUCGUAAGCGCAGAAUUCUGUGGUUAGCAGCGCCAUGAAAUUGGGCCCAGAUGUGGCUGGAUUCCUGCCAUUCAACGUUAUCUGUCACUUACAUUUGGGGACUUGAAAAAGGACCAGACAAUUCUGCUAAAAAGUUGUAUACAGGGUGAGUACAAAAAAAACGAAACCCAAAUGUUGGGACUAUUGUUUU